AUGAAGUUCCUCAGCGUCCUCGUAACCGUCGCCCUUGCCUCUGUUAGCAUGGCUCAAAGCUGCAAUAACCUAUUCAUCAAAUGCACUGAGGUCACCUGCGUAAACAAAUGUGUAAGUAUUAAGAUUCAGUUCGGUUCUCCUUUACCAUCAACCUCUCAUUCGUUCGUCAAUUGCAAUCCCCUCCUCCUCAUAAUCCCAUUAUUCGGAAACCAAAAACAAAAAAAAAGACUUGGACUACUUACUAACCGCACUUUUUCCCUUCCACAGGGUGUGGCACAGUACGCUUGCAAUCCAGAAAUAUGCCGCUGCAAUGGUUGUCCUUAGACGGCGGUCAUUUACAGUAUCUACGAACGAGGAGGGAAGUGUGUAG